UUGUGAAAGUGAAGAAGCGUUCACAGAGAAGAGCAUUCACGACAGCGUUUUCAGAUAUUUAUGGUUUUAUUUUAGUUAGCAAAUGGACCAAGAUGAGAGACAGAGGAAACUCGAGGCCGGGAGAGCCAAGUUUGCUCACUUUAGACAGCGAAAAGCAAAAGGUGACGGCGCGAAUUCGCAGAAAAAGACGCCGAAGAGGAAGAGCACGGCUGUCCACUCGAAUGACCUUCCACCGCAAGAGCGCCCACUAGUGGCUGAGGCUUGCCCAGCUGACAAUGUGCCAAAACAGGACACUGGCUCAAACACAAAGGAGACGCUAAGCCCUGGUACAGACCACGCGCAGAUGGAGAACCAGCAGGAGAGCAUUCUUGGAGAUCGCACAUUUUCAGAUCAUCGUGAAGAAGAGGAACACCUGAGAGAGACGCUUGUCGCAUUCACUGGAAAAGAGCAGCUACAGGAGCUGCAGACGGCAGUGCAGAAGCGCAACGAUAUCAUCUCCCAACUCAGCCUGAACCUGCAGGUGGCGCUAGAGAGCCGGGACCAGGUGCAGCUGGAGGCGUUGCAGCUCACCAGCCAGAUUCAGGCUCUGCAGCAGCAGCUCCAGCAGGCAAGCGAGUUCCUGCGGUCGAGGAGCCAAAGCUGCGUAGAGCUCACCCAGGCCCAGCAGCAGAUCAAGCUGUUCCAGCACAGCCUCCAGGGCCAGAGCUCCCAGCUGGAGGGCCUGCACCAGCAGCUGGAGGAGAGCAAGCAGCACACCAGAGAGCAGCAGUGCCUUCUCACGGAGAGAGAGACGGAGAUUACCAACCUGCAGCAGAGGCUGGGCAUCACAGAGACGGCCCUGUCUCAGCUGCGGGACGCACUUUCCCUUAAGGAGCGGGAGCUGUCCACGCUUCGAAACCACCAGCACCGCCGCGCAGACACGCACACUCCGAGCAAAGACGGCAGCGCUGACGGUCUGCAAGCACUGACCCCAGAAAGCAGCACUGACACGGCGCAGGCACUAAGCCAGCAGGGCAGCACUGAUGCACUAGAAGCACUGAGCCAUGAGGGCAGCGCUGACGGUUCGCUGGAGAAGCUGAGGGCGGAGCUUCUGCAGGAGCGGGAGCGCGCCUCAAAUUUGGAACGGCUGGUCCAGGACGCCGAGGAGGACCGGAGAGCGAUGAGGGAGCAGCUGAGCAGGGUGGAAGAGGAUCUGCGCCGAGCCGAAUCGCAGGCCCGGGAAGCCCAGCGCUGUAAGGCGGAGAAGGAGGAGCUGAACAAGGAGGCGCUGCGGCUGGACGGCCUGGUCCAGGAGCUCCAGAAGCGGCUGCGGGAGGAGGCGGAGGCGGGCGUGCAGCUGAGGGCCAAGCACGAGGCGGACAUAUCCAACUACGAGCUGCGGCUGCAGUCCCUGGAGGAGGAGAAGGAGAUGGACCUGGCGCAGGUGGCCGAGGCGCACGUGACCGCGCUGCAGCGUCUGCGCGAGCAGCAUGCCGACGAGGUGCGGCUGCUCCGGCAGAGGCUGCAGGCCCAGCCGGAGCCCAGAGCCCACGCCCACCAGAGCAGCCUGGAGGACCAGGACCUCCACAGCACCAAAGCCCAGAAAGAUCACGUCAACCAGGAGGCGGCCAGCGAAAGCAGAGACCACAGCGGCCUCGACCUGUCCUUGCCCAGCGAUCAGGACCACCUGAUGGAGAAAUACCUGGCCACCGUCGCCCCAAGAGACAGCACGUGGGAGGAGGGAAGCCUUGAACACAGCCUGCUGGAAAACUCCGGUAAUUACCGCUUUGAGCGGGACAGCGAGGUUGAACUAGACAUAUCAAAGUCCGCAAGCGUUGUCAGAGACCUCACCGAGCCCCUCGGUCAUGUGAUGGACAUCUCGCCGACCCCCGACCUUAGAGACAGCCAGGUGGAGGAGUCUGCCGAGGCGUCUGUGAGCUCAUUUCAGUGGCAGACCCACACAUCUCCCUCGCAGGGUCUGGAUGGCAGCUCAGAGUCUGUCGACUUAGGAAAGGCGUUGCUCAUACAGCACUGCAAGGAUCUGACUGAGCAGCUGGAGGGCAAAGACAAGCAGCUGCAGGAACUCCAGUGUGAGCUCCAGAGGUCGGCAGUGGAGGUGCAGGAAGUUUCGGAGAAGUGGAGCCAAGCCGCCAAAGCGCUGGAGUCGGUGCGGUGGGAGCUGGAGGUGGAGAGAGAGCACCGACUGCGCUGUGAGGAGAUCAUCAGCUGCAAAACCCACGAAGGGGACAACCUGAAGAACAAACUCUGCUCUCUGCAGGGCCAGCAGGAGGACGAGGAGACGCCCGGCCAGGCUGACAGCAGGCAGAAAGAGACUGUUUUCAUAGCAACAGGCGACUUGAUCAAACAGCUGAGAGAAGAGAAGGAGCUGCUCUUGGUGCAGCUGAGGGAGCAGGAGCAGCUGGUCAGAGACGUCCAGCAGCAGAAGCUGGCUGGGGACUCUGUGACCAGCGAGGUCCAGGCCCUCUUUGGGCGGCAGCUUUCUGUCCUGCAGGCCCAGAGGGACGGGGUGCAGGUCCAGCUGGACUCCCUGAAGGCCAAGCACCAGACGGCAUCAGAGACCCUGAUGCAGAAGACCGAGCAGCUGGAGUCUGCUCACAAGGACCUGCAGCUCCUCCAGACACAGCUGGAGGAGAAACAGGAGAGUGUGCAGAAGGUUAGCAAAGAGAAAACGGACCUGGAGUCACAGCUAUUGUGCCUCAAGCAGAACCUGGCCAACGCAGAGGAAGCUCUCAGUCAGGGAGCAGAGGAAAAGGCUGCUCAGGAGCUUCGUCUGGGAGAGAUGGAGACCAGAGUGAAGAACAUGGAGAACACCCUGGCGUCUGAGCGAGAGGGGUUCCACAGCCAGCUGAAGGCCAAAGACCAGGAGCUGCAGGGCUUGGAGGCGGAGCUGGAGAGUGUCCGAGAGACCCUGAAGGACCAAGACAGGCAGCACGCAGAGGCUGUGGAGUCACUGCUGCAGCAGGAGGCGGAGAAGCUGCACAGUGCUGUGGAGGAGGCAACCGCUCUUCUCAGGACCGCCCACCAGGAAGAGACCUGCCGACUGGAACAGAAACGCCAGGAAGAGAACGAGAGGAACCUGUCCAAGCUGAAGGCUGAGCUAGAGAAGGAGCACAAGAAGCAGAUGGAGAUGAUCAAGCAGGUGCAUGAGCGAGAGCACCAGCGUGAGGUGGCAGACUUGACCAGCAGGCACAAGGAGCAGCUGAGCCGACUUCGGGUGGAGCUAAGCGGCGAACUGAGGGGCGGCAUGGAGGCAGCGCACCAGGAGCAGCUACUGCAAGUGCAGACCCAGCAGUCCCUGGAGCUGGAGGCGCUGCGUCUCAGCCUGAACAACAUGCACACGGCGCAGCUGGAGCUGAGCCAGAGCAACCUGCAGCGUGACAAGGAGGCGGCGCUGAGCGAGCUGCAGGCCAGCCUGCGGGCCAAGUGGGCCCAGGAGAGCGCCAUGCUGCAGGCGCGCCACCAGCUGGAGCUCAGCCGGCUGCAGGAGCAGGGCCGCCAGCAGCACCAGCGGGACCUGGAUGAGCUGAAAAGUGCCUGGGAAGAGAAAAUGUCAGCGCAGAAGGCCGGGAUGGAGGAGCAGGAGUCCACUAAAAUAGAGGCUCUGAGGCUGGAUUGGCUGCGGGAGUCGGAGACGGCCCAGUCCGAGCUGCAGGCUUCUCUGAGGCAGACCCAGGAGGCCCUGACCGCCGCGAGGGCUGAGCUGGAGGAGCUGCAGGAGCUGCAGGCCUCCAGGAGCCAGGAGCUCCAGUGGCUGGAAGAGGAGCUGAGCCAGGCCUGCUCCGAUCGAGACACGGCAGCCAGGGCUGUGGAGGAGCUGGUGGCCAGCCAUAAGGUGGUCCUGCAGGAGCAGCAGGCCCACGCCCAGCACCUGGAGAAGCAGGGCGUGGCCAGCGCAGAGCGAGAGCACCAGCUGCAGCAGCAGUUGGAGAAGCUGCAGGCGGAUCACGCAGCGCUGAAGUCGAGCUCAGAGCAGGAAGUGGCCCAUCUGUGGUCCCAGCUGGAGAAUAUGAGAACCAGUCGACAGGAGCUGGGGGAGCUGAGGGAGGAGCUCCUGGCCCGCUCGUCCCGGGUGGAGGACAUCGAGCGCCUCAAGCAGGAGUUCUCCCAGCAGCGGCGCGACAUCCGGGAGCAGAACGAGGCCGAGCUGGAGAACCUGCGCACCUACUUCGAGCAGCGGCUGCGGGCCGCCGAGGAGAGCUACCGCGAGGAGAUCGCCCUGAUGCAGCUGCGGCUGGUGGAGGGAGCCCUGGAGGACUCCGUGCUCAAGACCGGCGAUGCAAGCUUCCUCUCAGAAGGAAAAGAGAGUGAGAAGAGUGACGUGCUUGCAGAGAUCACCAGCAAACUGGAAGCACACAAGGAGGAGAUGAAUGCUCUUCGGCAGCUUCUGGAAGAGAGGCACAAGCAGGAGCUGGAGCAGCUGAGGGCCAGCAUGGCUCUGACGUACAGGGAGGAGCUCCUGCAGGUGAAGACUGACCUGACCGACCGCUACUUCGCUCAGAUCCAGGACCUGAAGACCAAACACUCCCUGGAGCUGGAGCAGCAGAGGGCCAGACUCUCUGACAGCCAUGUCAAAGAGCUCACCAGGCUGCGGCAGCAGAGUGCGGAGGUGGAGAACCAGGCCCGGCUCUCCCAGGUUUGCUCUGAGACCCAGCACAUCCAGGACCUGGAGGCCCAGAUGGCGACACUGAAAAAUGAGCAUGCAGCGGCGCUGAAACAGGCCAGCGAGGAACACAGCGACCUCCUCGCCCAGGCCCAGGACGAGCUGAAGCAGGACCAUGCGGAGCAGCUGCGGGUGGAGGUGGAGCGGGCCCGGACAGAGGAGGGGGAGAGGAACGAGGCAGAGCUGUCCAAGCUGAGGGUGGAGCUCCAGGGCCAGGCAGAGGAGCGGCUGGUAUCCCUGCGAGAGCAGCUGGAAGGGGAGAGGCUGGCACUGCAGCGGCAGCUGGAGGAGGAGCGGGCUCGACUGCGCGCCCUAGAGGACAGUCUGGAGAAUGAGCAGAGCCCCCGGGUCGAAGCAGUGAGGCAGAAGCUUAAGGCAGAGUUUGAGAGUGAGCUCCAGGCAGCCAAGAGCACGAUGGCUGUGGAAGUGGAAGAGCUCAAUGCCCGGCUGCAGGAGGCCCAGAACAGGUUCCAGGAAGAGCAGAAGCAGCAGGAGGCUGCGCUUAGGGACCUGAAGAAUAAGCACAGUGAGGAGGUGGAGGCCCAGCAGGCUCUGCUGAACCAGCACGUGCACAGACUGGAGCAACUACAACUGGAGCUGGAAGAGAAGCACAGGGCGGAGCUGGAAUCUCUGGAGGCGGAUCUUUGUGCCAAACACAAGGCAAAGCUGGAAUCUGUGGAAGAGAAUCUUCAUUGCAAACACCGGGUGGAGCUACAAACCCUGGAAGCAGACCUUCGUGGCAAACAGAGGGCGGAGCUAGAGUCUUUGGAGGCGGACCUUCGUAAGAAACAUAGAGCGGAGCUGGAUUCUCUGGAGGCGGACCUUCGUGUAAAACACAGGGCGGAGCUAAAUUCCCUGGAGGCGGGGCUUCGAGGCCAGCACAGGGCGGAGCUUGAUUCCCUGCAGGCGGUUCUGCAGGAGACCAACGUGGCGCAGCUGGAGGCCCAGGAGGCGGAGCUUCAGGGCAGGUACAAAAAGGAGAGGGAGGAGCUGGAGGUCAGGAUGCUCUCCAACAUGGACACCCUGGAGACCACCUACCUGGCCGAGAUCCAGGCAAUCCGGGACGAAGGAGAGAGCAGGCUGCGGGAGCUGAGGGACUCGUGCGAGAAGGGCAGAGAGGAGAGGGAGAGGCAGCAUGCCGCGGAGCUGGAGAGGCAGCGGGCGGAGCUGGAGAGGCAGCAUGUCGCGGAGCUGGAGAGGCGGCGGGCGGAGCUGGAGAGGCAGCAUGCCGCGGAGCUGGAGAGGCAGCGGGCGGAGCUGGAGAGGCAGCGGGCGGAGCACGGCGCACAGCUGCUGUCCGUCAGCGAGAAGCUGAGGAGGGAGCUGGCCCAGGCGCACGUGGACAAGUUUACCGCCAUGGCGGCCGAGCUGAGCCACGCCCACAAGGAGGAGCUGGAGGGGGCGCUCGCGUCCCAGCAGCAGGCUCUGGAGGCGGAGCGAUGCCGGGCCCUGGAGGCCCUGCGGCAGGAGCUGCUGGCCCUGGACGAGCAGCACAGCGCCGCCCUGCAGGAGCUGAGAGAGCUGCACGGCGCCGAGGUGCAGCGGUGGGAGGAGCGGCAGGCCGCCCAGAGGGCCCAGCACGAGCAGCAGCUGCAGGAGCUGCGCGACGCCCAUGCUCGUGAGACCGGGGCGGAGGCGUCACGGCAGCAGCUGCGUCUCCAGGAGGAGGCGGAGCUGCUGAAACGGCAGGCGGAGGAGCGUCUCCAGCAGCGGGUCGCCCAGCUGAAGGAGGAGGCCGAGCUGCAGAGCGCUGCUGCCCGAGAGGAGAGUGAACACAAAGAGCAGGUUUACAAGGAGAGCAUGGACCUGCUGAACGAGCAGCUGCGGGAGCAGCAGGCCGAGAACUCGCAGAUGCGCGCGGAGGUGACCGACCUGCAGGGGGCGCUGGAAGGGAAACGCUCGGAAAUGGAAACCUUGGAGACGCUGCUGCAGCGCAGAGAGAGGGAGAACCAGGAGGGGGAGAACCUGCUCAACAUGCUGAGAGCUGACCUGAGUACAGCUGCACAGGAGAGGAGCGAGUUGCAACAGGCCCACCAGCGGCUGCAGAAGGUGCUAUUGGAGGUGCUGCAGGUUAACAUGGCAACCGAGGACCUGAUCAGCAGGCGUGUCGGUUCGUUCAUGGACAGCAGGGUAGCCCGUAAAGGAAGCGAGGGCCCACAAGACAAAGGUAAGCAGUGCUACCGCCCCCCUGUGGCUUAGACUCGGAGCAGUAUUAGCUGUGAGCGAUCGGCUCUUCUCCCCCCAGCAGAGGAGUGUGAGAGCGGAGUCGGCGGCCCCGACAGCAGCCUGUGGUCGGCGCUGACGGACGAGGGCCUGGAGCUGUCGCAGAGGCUGUCGGAAAGCCUGUUCUCCGGGGCCGAGCUGGAGCCCGAGGGCCAGGAGAUGGCUCUCGGAGCCUGCGUCCGCCUGCGCUCCGCCGUGGACAAGCUGCUGGAGCUGGUCUCCGAGUCGACCUCGCAGCUGGAGCAGACCCAGGGAGUGCAGGCCCAGCUGGAGCAGCAGUUCAGCCAGGGCAGAGAGGACGCCGCCCAGCUCGUCCUGCACCAGCGCCAGCUCCUCCAGCAGCUCGACCUGGAGGCUGGGCUGAAGAGCCAGCUGGAGCUGGAGCUGCACAAGGCUGAAGGACUGAUGGAGGGCUACGUGAUGGAGAAGGCAGCACUGGAGGAGGCUCUGCAGCAGAAGGAAACGCAGACCCAGCGGCUGGCGGCGGAGCUGGAGGGGCUGCGGGUUCAACUCCAGGAGCUCAGUGAGGAACAUGCCCUGCUGCUUCGGCAGAGAGAGGCCAUCUCCGGGGGGCUGGGAGACACCGAAAGGGCCCUGAUGGAGGAGGCGGAGCGCCUGGGGCAGGAGAAGCUGGACGUGCAGCGGCAGGCAGAGAAGGACCGCAGCGGGCUGACAUCCCGGCUCAAGCUGCUGGAGAGCGAGCUGGAGGAGCAGGAGAGCUGCAGGCAGGAGCUGGAGGUGCAGCGCAGAACCCAGACAGAGGACCUCCAGCAGCAAAUCCAGGCCCUGGAGAAACAGCUCAAACAUCACCGGCAGUUCAUCGAUGAGCAAGCAGUGGAACGAGAACACGAGAGGGACGAGUUUCAGCAGGAGAUCAAGAAACUGGAGGCCCAGCUGAGACAGCCAUCCAAACCCUACAUUGGAGGCGGCAACGGAGGGCAGAAGAUUGAGGACUUGGUUCUCCAGGUGGAAAGCCUGCAGGCCGCCAUCAAGGAGAAGAUGGAGGACUACAACACGCUGCUGCUGACCAAAGAGCAGUACCAGAGGGACCUAGCUGAGCAGAAUGAGGAGAUAGACAAGAUGGCGGGCCGGAUCCGUGAGCUGGAGCAGGCUCUGCUGAGCAGCGCCGAGUCCAACCGCGCCAUGGGCCAGCUGGAGCAAGAGCUGCAGAAGGCCAGGAAGAGCGAGAGAGAGCUACUGCAGGACAAAGAGGCCCUCCAGCAGCAGCAGUACUCCAACCGCCUGCUGAUCUCCGCGUUGCAGUCCAAGCUGGACGAGACCCGGCACCGCUGCCCCGAGGGCGCGGGCGACCAGGCCCUGAAGGAGCAGCUGGAGACGGUGCAGCAGACCCUGCACAGCAAGGAGCAGCAGGUGGAGGUGCUGACGGAGCAGCUGGAGCAGGUGCAGAGGGACCUGCAGGUGAAAGCGGAGGAGCUGGUGCAGCUCCACCUGCAGCUGGAGCACCUGAAGGAGCAGAACUCCAUCUGCGUCUCCCAGCUUCAGAACGAGAUCAGCUCUCUCAAGGAGACUGUGAGCGCGCUGCGCAGAGUGGAGGAGGCCGACGGAGAGGACGCCACGCAGUUCCCUUCGGCCCUGCUGGAGGAGAAGAACCAGGAGAUCGACCACCUCAAUGAGCAGAUCCUCCGUCUGCAGCAGGAAGUGGACGCCUGCAGGGACAACCAGGCUGCGGAGGAGAAGCAGGAGGAGGUGGAGGAGCUGCGGGCGCAGGUGGAGCACCUGCGCAGCGACCAGGCCCGCCUGCGGCAGGACAAGGAGGAGGAGGUGGAGCAGCUGCACGAGGUCAUCCACAAGCUGCAGGAGGAGCUGGCGCAGCUGGGGCCCAACCGGCACGAGGUGAGCGACUCCCAGGAGCACAGCCCCGAGCCCCAGGACUUCUGGCCCCCCGGCGGGCAGGAGGAGAGCUUGUGCCACGAGCUGAGCCGCCACAGCCUGCAGUCCUCCCGCGCCCGCCUCCGGGAGCUGCAGGCGCAGCUGGACCUGGCCGCCGGCGAGAAGGAGGCCAUCCAGCGCCUGCUCCACACCCAGGAGGACACCUACCGCGGCCAGCUGCAGACGCUGGGGCUCAGCCUGGCGGAGGAGCGGCGGAAGCUGGCCGAGCUGGAGGAGGAGCGCGGCGCGCUGACGGAGCGCGUGCGGGAGCUGGAGGAGGAGGCCUGCCAGCGCGAGGCGCGCCUGCUGGAGCUGCAGCUGCAGCUGAGGGCGGCGGACGAGCGCGGGGAGGAGGCGCUGGCCGACCUGGAGGAGCAGAAGGCCCGGGACCAGGCGGAAAUCCGCAACCUGGAGACGGCGAAGAAGGAGCUGUUCACCGAGCGGCAGGCCCUGCGGCAGCAGGAGGGCCGGCUGCAGGAGGAAAUCGAGAGGCUGAAACGGGAAGUGACAUCAAACCGCGCUCAAAUACAGGAACUAAGAUCCCAGCUGGAAGAAGGAGUGGCCAAACAGGCAGAGGCCCAGAAAGAAGUACUGACGUGCGCCGAGGAGACCCUGGCCAAGGCGGAGGCAGCCCUGAGGGAGAGGGAGGAGCAGCUGGCCCAGCUGAGGGUGGAGCAUGAGGCCCUGAGGGCGGAGCUGGCCGCCGUGAAGGAGGGGCUGAGCUCCAGCACCGAGAGGGCGGAGAAGCUGCUGGAGGAAGGCCAGACGAAGGACAAAGCCCUCGCCGCUCUUGAGUUCCAUAAUCAGCGUCUGAAGUCGGAGCUGCGCCGGCUGCAGGAGGACCUGGCCGUGCAGGAGGAGGAGGUGUCCUACCAGCAGAGGGAGCUGGAGCAGCUCCGCGAGCGCCUCAGCCUGCCGGGCCUGGGCGGGGACCCCGACCCCGCCCCCGGCUUCCUGUCGCGCCUGUCCCGGGACGGCUCGCUGCCGUCGCCCGAGGUGCUGCGCAGGCUGGACUGCAGCGAGGAGCCGGCGCUGCCGCUGCACAGCUCGCGCCUCUCCGAGCUCAGCGCCCUGCACAACGCCAGCCUGGACCUGCACAUCAAGGCCUCGCCGCUGUGCAGGGACAGCAGCCUGCCCCCCGAGGCGCUGCGCUCCCCGUCUGCCCCCUCCCCGGGCUCCAUCCUGGCCUCCGAGUGCCUCUCGGGGCUGGACUCGCUGGAUGCUGACAAGGUGAAGGAGCUUGAUGCGCUGGACUUGCCGGCCUCUACUUCCCCUGUGGGCUCCACCUCCACGCUCUCUGUGCCGGAGUGGGCCAGCGAUGGAUACGGCAGCAACGUCAGCUCGGAGCUGGGCACCAGGCUGAAUGUGGAGCUGGCGAUGACCGAGCGCCUGGAUUCCAACUUCGUGGAGUACCUGCAAAACCGUGGCAUGGCCCCCGCCGACCACACGGACAGCGCGGCGGAGAGCGAGGACCAGAAUGAAGAGCUGCUCUCACCUGAGCUGCAGGGGCUGCUGAAACGGGUGUACCAGGAAGGGUGCAGGGUCCUAGCCCUCUCUCAGCGGCCAGCCCCCGAUGCCCCGCCCCUGGCCCCGCCCCACACCUGGCAGAGCGAGAAACGGGCCCUGCAGGAAACCGUCCUCUCACUCAGAGAGCUGCUCUGCAAGAUGGCCGACAAACAGCUGAAGAUGGGCGGCGGCGGGGACUGGCGAAUGGAGCUGCUGCAGGCCGUGCGCAGUGUGUUUGACAGCGAGAGGCACUCUCUGCAGUCCGAGCUCCACUCCAUGAUGAGCGCACAGGGAGUCUUGGACCCAGCGUCACUCAUGAGCCAGCUGGAGCAGCUCUUCAGACAGCAGGAGGAGCAGCAGCACCGGUCCCUGGAGCAGCUCCUGUCCGCAGACCGGCGCAGCCUGCUGGCGGAGGUGCACAACCUGCAGGCCCAGCUGCGCAUCUCCAGCCUGCAGAACCAGGAGCAGCUGCAGCAGCUGCAGGGCUCCCUGUGCGCAGCGAAGGAGGAGGACAGCCAGCAGCAGCACCAGCUGCGCAGACAAGUGGAGCUGCUCGAGUACCGGCUGCAGCAGGAGCAGACUCUGGCGGAGGAUCUGCGCAGGUCUCUGACGGCGGAGCAGGCGCGGGGGGCGGAGCACCGCUCCCUCCUGAGGGCGGAGCAGGACGCGGUGCUGGAGCUGAAGGAGGAGCUGAAGCAGAGCGUUCUGCAGCUCAGUGCUGCCAGUAAGGCCCAGCAGGACCUGCACCAAGAGCUCCACAAGCUCAGGAUGAGGCUGGAGGGUGAGCAGGCGGAGCGGCAGGUGUAUGAGGAGGCCGUGGAGCGGGAGCAGGCCAGAGUGGCACAGCUGCAGGAGCAGCUGGACCAGGAGCGUCUGCACAGCCAGCGCACACAGGAGCAGGGGGGACAGACGCACGAGGUGCUGCGGGCGUCCCUUGAGGAGCGCAGCGCUCAGAUCACAGAGCUGAAAGGUGCUUUGGAGCAGGAGCGCGUGGCGAGCAGUAACCUGCGCAUGGAGCUGCAGAUCGAGCAGUCCCGCUGCGAGGCCCUCAUCGCCCAGGAGCGGAGCCGGGCCGCCGACGCCCUGCAGCGGCUGGAGGAGCAGACCACACACUGCGGCCAGCUGACCGACGCCCUCGACCGGGCCAAGCAGGACUACAGCCGCCAGCUGGAGGAGAACCGGGCGCUGGUGCAGGACCUGCAGGCCCGGCUGCAGCGCGUCCAGGAGGAGGCCCUGCAGACCAGGCUGCAGCUGGAGGAGGAGGCGCAGCAGAGCCGGCAGGGCGCCCGCCGGGAGCAGGAGGCCGGGCUGCGCCUCCAGGCCGCCAUGGACGGGCUGCAGGCCCAGAGGCAGGAGGUGAGCCGCAGCCUGGAGGCGGAGAGGCAGAGGGCCGUCCGGCUGCAGGCCGACCUGGACGCCCUGAGGGAGAAGGUGCGCUCCAUGAAGGAGAAGGAGAGGCUGCGGGAGGAGCAGAGGGAGAGGCAGAGGAGGCAGGAGCGGCAGGAGCAGGCAGAGCGGGAGAGACAGCACGAGAGGACCGCCGGGAAACUGUGGGAGCAGGAGCAGCAGAGGCAGCGGGACCAGCAGCGCUUGCGGCAGCUGCAGCAGACGCUGGCUGACCUGGAGGAGCAGGAGCGCCAGCUGACCUUAAAAAGCCGCCAUCCGGAGUCCGCCCUCCAGAACCAGCAGCGGCUGCAGCUGACCCAGCAGCAGCUCCAGCUGGCCACCUCCAGGCUGAGGGACGUGCUGCACGGAGCCUCAGCCAGGAGUGACGGGAGGCUGGUCCAGCUGGAGCAGGAGCACCUGCAGGAGCUGCUGCGCAUCCUGACCGAUCUGGAGCAGGACCUGAAACAGCUGUGCUCUCAGAGGUCCCUGGAGCCCUCCUCCAACCUGGUGGAGCGUCUGCUGAGGGAGAACUCUGACCUAACCAGCCGGCUCGCGGCUCUCAGCGAGGACAAGGUGACGCUGAAAAACACUGUGUCCUGUCUGGAGAGGGAGCUGCAGGCCCAAAAACAGGCCCGCGCCGCCAGGGAGCAGGUGAAGUCCCCGGAGCCGGUGGACGCAGCCGUGCUGUCGGAGAAGCUGGCCUGGCAGAAGGAGCGGGCCGCGCUGCAGACGGCUCUCCGCAGAGCGGAGUCCGAGCUGUCGCGGGUCACCGCUGAGAUCGAGAACAGGCCGAUCAGUGACAGCUCCAGCAGCAAGAUGCAGCGCCUGUAUGGGAAGUAUCUGCGUGCGGAGAGCUUCCGCAAGGCCCUGGUGUACCAGAAGAAGUACCUGCUGCUGCUGCUGGGUGGCUUCCAGGACUGCGAGCAGGCCACCCUGUCUCUGAUCGCCCGCAUGGGCGCUUACCCCACCCCCGGUGACAUCCAGGCCUCCGCCCCGCGCUCUCGCCCCAUAAACCGCUUCAGGACCUCCGUGCGGGUGGUCAUCGCCAUCUCACGAUUGAGAUUCCUGGUGCGGAAGUGGCAGAAGGCAACUAAAAAAGGCCCCACAGCUGCAGCAGUGGUGAAUGGACAUGGGCACCCUUCUGGGCCUGGCGUCAGAGCUGAAGUGCUGAGGCAGCAGCAUCCCGGCGUCAUCUUUAACUCCCCGCCCACCCGUGACGGCAACCUCGCCCAGCAGCGCGUGGUCUCGCCCCUGAUGCCGCCUGUCAAGUCGCCCUUCAGACUGCACAACAGGUUGUUCUCCAGUCCGCUGCUGAGGCCUGCAGAGUGUGCCGUCUCUCUGGCCCAGGAUCCUGAGCGCUCUCUCACCGAGUACAUCCAGCACCUGGAGACCAUCCAGCAGCGGCUGGGAGGGGUGCAGCCAGGUGGGUCUGCCACAGCCCUGCCACACCCGCUCACUAUGCCCCCAUUACUGCACGCUUCACCCAGCAUCUCCGGGUCUUUGGUGUUCUGUGGUGUCGUGGGUGGGGCGUUUCGGAUUCAUCAACACGCAUUAGCUCCAGCCUUGAGCACUUCAAAUAGGGAAAAUCAGUAGUCUGUAGUAGUAAAAUCAGAGGCCCCACCGGUAAUUUAGGCAUGAGACCAAUGGAAGAAUCAUUUUCAUUGGUGUUCUGGUAUCUCUGCAUAUUGGUAUCACCUGCUGGUGAGACAUGGGACAUGCACAGAAACAGAAUGAGCUCCAUAUGAAGAUUUCAAAAGCCUUCACUGCCAUACUCAAUUUCAAGUGAAGCUGGCAGCAAGAAUUCCUUUGACAGGUGUGUAGCCUGUAGUUGGC